ACAUGUCGCAGCGUGAGGACUUAACUUUGAUAGAUACCUUUUUUUUCAACUUAUCACAUAAUCAAUAAUUAUUUUAUUUAAAAUGGAGAGACUUUAAAUCUCAAUAAAAAUUGAAAUCAAAAUUUGAACAGUUUAAAUUAUUCAGUGCGGAUCUGUAACAUAGUUCUGUGGGUACCAAUGUCAACUAUGAAUGAUCUCGGAGAAGAAGAAACACAGAAAUCGAAGUCGUUAGUUUCACUAGAGGAUAACACUCUACAGAAUGAUGAGGAAGAAAAAAGAGCCUUAAGUGACAUACCACAGAUUCCACAGAUUCCUAAAGUUAAGGCAAAACCUGCUCCAAAGCCAAAGAAACCACCGGAGAUCCCCAUAUUUGAGCGUAAGAACUGGCUGAUCCACCUACACUAUGUGAAGAAGGAGUAUGAUGUGUGCAAGUCUCUGAUCAAAGAACAACUCACUGAGACUGGGGGGAUGUGUGAAUAUGCUGUCUAUGUUCAAGCUUUGAUUCUAAGACAGGAGGGGAGGAUCCAGGAGUCCUUGGAACUCUUCCAGACCUGCUCACUUCUCAACCCUAACAAUGCUGAUAACCUCAAACAAGUGGCCAGAUCUUUGUUUUUAUUGGCCAGACAUAAGGCUGCAAUAGAUGUGUACAAUGAGGCCGCAAAGAUUAGUGAGAGAGACUGGGAGGUGGUCCACAACCAGGGCAUAUGCUACUUAUACCUGAAGGAAUAUGAGAAAGCCAAGGAGUGUCUGAAGCAGGCCAUUGCCUUUGCCCGCCAUGACCUGUCUUAUAUCAUGUUGGCCAAGAUUUACUUGAUGGAAGGAGAUAUUAACCAGGCUAUAGAGGUCUACAAGAGAGCUGUGGAGUUUUCUCCAGAAAACCCAGAUAUUUUGAGCACUAUGGGCUUGCUGUACAUGCAGGUUGGUCAGUUCCAGAAGGCAUUUGAACACCUUGGAAAUGCGUUGACCUACAACCCCACCCACACCAAGGCCAUCCUUGCCGCAGGCAGCAUGAUGCAGAAUCACGGAGAUUUCGAUGUGGGGUUGACUAAGUACCGUAUUGCGGCACAGGAGACGCCUGAGAGUGCGCCCCUGUGGAAUAACAUUGGGAUGUGCUUCUUUGGGAAGAAAAAGUUUGUAGCAGCUAUCAGCUGUUUGAAGAGAGCCAACUACCUGGCACCAUUUGACUGGAAGAUUCUGUACAACUUGGGUCUCGUACAUCUCACCAUGCAACAGUAUGCCUCGGGAUUCCACUUCCUGAGUGCCGCCAUUAACCUGAGACCAAAAUAUGGACAUCUCUUCAUGUUACUGGCAGUGGCAUUGACUCACCUGGAGGACCCAGAUAAUGCUAAGCAAGCUUAUGAACAGGCUAUGAACCUAGACAGCCGUGACCUAUCUAUUCCACUGAACUAUGCAGUGUUUCUGUAUAAUCAAGGAGAGAGGAAAACAGCAGCAAAACAAUAUGCCAUUUAUGAACACAGAUUGAAGCAGGCCAGAGAGAAGAAUCCUAAAGCUAUUGACCCAGAAUUGUUGGAGGUGGGUACCAAGCUGGGUCCAGCUCUUCAAGUUGGUGAAAGUUUAGUGUGGAAAAAAGAACAGCAGAUGGCAGCACCAGCAGAACAGAAUACAAGACAGUCCCCUCCUGCAGAAGCCACUGGGCCCUCAGUGCCGCCCCCUAGUGCCACUUUCCAAGAGCCCAGACCAUUGAAACAGAGUGCGCCUUUGGCACCAAUCAGAGGCCCUUCUGUGGAGAAUAACAACAGCAGCGAUGUGAAGUCGGAAGAAAAUGUUGCAGAAGUUGUACCAAAAUCAGGGCUGUCAGGUGUGGAUGAUUUACCCUCGCCUCCAACAGAGACGCCUGCUAUGAAUAUAAUCGAUGAUGCGCCUGAGCCCCCGUCUCAUGACCCUGAAGAAAAAGAUCAACCCAGAAUUCCCAAGAGAGAGGUGUUACCGCCAUUAUAAGGAAAAGAUGGCAGUUGUACUGUGAUCGGAUAUCAGAUAACUUUAUCCAAAGUUUUAUGAACUAAUUCUAACUUGUGAUGACAUAUCAGCAUGGAUAGAUACAACUAACAUGGGAACUGUGGGAUAGCUGUUGUGAAAAGGCCGUAGAAAGAUUUUCUAGCACUUGUUAUAAAGAAGCCUAUGGCUACAAAUGGGGAUAGAACCUAGUAUUUUGUCAAGGGGUGCUUAGAGGGGGGUCUGUAGCAUGUGCUAUACUGGGGCCUGGAAUAGGGUAACAGCCUCUAUUGCAUAAAUAUGACUGGGUUCAAUUUAUGAAGGUCAAAUUCAGCUAAAAAGAUUGGGAGUCAAAAGAUUUGGUAAUAGAAGAAAACCGUUUGGUUGUUUUUCAUUAAUUUUUUUGUUGUUGGUUCAGCCUGAAGUAUUUAGUCUUUGUAAUUUGCUGGAACAAAAUUUGUCUGAGCUUACUCUGAAAGAUUAAAAAUACAUUUAUCAGUUUUAAUAACUUUUCUGUUUUCAAGUAGCUUUUUAUUUGUCAAAUCACUUUAAUUUAUUAUUUCAUAGCAACAUGUGUCUGUAACUUUUUAUUUGGAAAAUGUUGCUUAUAUAAAUGGUAUUGUCUUGCUAGUGGGAAAUUAAAAAAUUGUUAAAGGGAUAACAACUGUUUGUAUGAAAGUCAUAUAACUAAAUACAUUGCAGACUAACUUUGAAAGUUGGAAUGGAUCAUUAAUCAUUAGUAAGCAUGGAAAAUUAGUCAUCUCAGGAAAAUCAGUUUUUUUGGCCAAAACGAACAGUUGUUAUCCUUUUAAUGCACACUAUAGGUAUUAUGAAACUGCUAAAUGAAGCCCAGAGGUUUUCUUAAGAAUAAGAUGUUGUUAGCCAGGAAUAAAUCAUGUUUAAAAUUGUCAGAAUUUGUGCAGUUACGUUGUCAGGUUUUAAGGGGUCGGGGGGAAUGGCUGGAAUUUGUUGAAUCCAGGAGUUGAACUAAUCUGAACUGUCACAUAUCAGACAUUAUUUAGCAUCUUUCAUGAUUCUGUCAUGUCUAAUGGAAAAAAGUGCAAAGCACAAGCCAUGUUGUAUUAAAAUCUUCAUGAUACUUUAUUUGAAUGUUUUACAUUAUUGCGGAUUAUGCCUACAAAUUAAAAAUCUCUCAUACUUCUGAAAAGUUGAAAGUAUUUGAAAACUCCCGUGACAGUAAUAUAUCUAUUUUGGUCAAAGUAUUGACUGUUACACAUUGUCACUAUGUUUGCACUGAAGUUCAAUGGAACAUACUUCAAAUGUUCAAGAUGUUUUGUUUUAACAACUACUAUUUUUAUUAACAAUACAAUUAAGUUAACUGACGAGUACAUAAUUGCCGCUCUACUCUCCAUUUGUGACUGAAUGUGACAUUAAAUAUAUGACUUUAAUAAUCAUUGCAAAUAAUGAAAUAUAUAAAAAGAUCAUUUUAAAACAGUUUUCUCUGCUUGUCAAAUGAAAGUUGUCACAAUGACUAUACAACUUUUAGAGAAAACACUAAAAUCACAGUUAUCUUAAGCUUGUAUAUAGACUAGAAUUAUUGUGUAGCUGCAUUUAACGUAACAAUAUCAGAAUUGUAUUGCCCUUUGUUAGAUGUAGCAACCUUUUUGCACUGAGAAUUGCUGUCUGAUAAAUCAAAAUAAUGCACAUCUUACAAACAGAUUGAUUGAAAUUUGACAAUGGAGGGAAAAAGCUCACUUGAGACUUUCACAGUACUUUGAGGAUAAAAAUGAUGGGUGCAGAGUUAAAAACUUGUGACAAAACAACAUCUCUCUUCAUCCUUAAAAA